AUGCCAGCAACGGUAUUCAGUUUACCAAUGUCACCGAGGCGAGUGUCGGUCAGACGAGGCAAAGCGGAUUCCCCGAUGUUGAAUUAUAUAUUUGAUUCGUAUGCCACUAGCAAUAAACACUUUCAUGACAAGUUUAAAGCGCCAUCAUUUGAAGGCGACUUGAAUUCAGACGCUUCUAUAGAUGCAGACACAGGUGCAACUGUUUUAUUUGAUUGCAGAGUAUCCUCAUUGAGAGAUAAAACGGUAUCGUGGCUCAGAGUGUCUGAUGGUGAAAAUCUGGAAUUACUCACUGUAGACUUGGAAACACACACAGCUGACACGAGGUACAAAGUAGAUCUGGCAGGUGAAACUUGGAAGCUUACGCUGUCAGAUGCCAAAGUGCAGGAUUCCGGUAUAUACGGUUGUCACGUGUCCACCCACCCCCCCAUGUUGAAACGUUUUCAGCUAAAAGUUCAUCCGCCAGAAAUGAAAAUGAACAAAGAGGCUUUCCUCGAGAGCGGAGAAACUCUAUCUCUUAAAUGCGCGGUAUUGCAUUUAAGUCCCGGUGAUAUAACGCCGGAAUUGCAUUGGUAUCGAGGCAACAAUACUACGCCUCUUGAUGAGAUUCGGGGAGGAGUACUCGUCGAAACAGACCUCUUAACCCUCACAAGCCACCUUCAAGUGGUACACCUUAAAGUAGAAGAUGCGGGUAACUACACCUGCGCUCUGGAAGCACCUUUAUCGAUAAGGACAGUUGCGAGAGUUCAUGUUUUACAAGGAUCAAGUCUUGCGGAGCUUCAGAGCGGAGUUAAAACCACAACCAGCUACAUGAGUCUUCUCUUCACGUCUCUUCUUUUUAUCAUCGGAGCAUGGCAUGGUGAUCUUGAUGAAGAAAAUAUUAGAAUUACAAACAAGACCGAAUGA